AUGGCUACGUUUCUGUCUGGCGCCGCCUUUGGAGCUGGAAUCUUUGCUGCUGGCCUCCAUCACCCGUCAGUGGUUGCUUCACAGUUGAAGUUUGAGAACCAUCAAUUCUUGCAAGCCUUUCUCACAGCAACAGCAAGCAGCGCCAUCAUCUAUAGCGCUGUUGAACGUCUGGGGUUUGUGAGGCUUCAGCCCAGAGGACCCUCGUCCCUCGGGUUCUUUGGAAGGUUUGACGGCAAUGCAAUUGGGGGCGCUCUUCUCGGUGCCGGCAUGGCGCUAUCGGGGUCAGCACCAGAGACAUUGCUCGUGCAGGUCGCGGCUGGAGUUCGUAGCGGCCUCUUCGCCCUCCAGGGAGCAAUUUUAGGAGGCGCUUUAUGGGCAGGUCCCAUUAGCACGGCAGUAAGGAAUCGCAGGCAGAAUAUCGUUGUUCAGGGUGGUGUGGCCACCUUAAAUGACCAGAUAGGAGUAUCCAAGCCUUUUGGGUUGGCCAUAUUCGAGCUCGUCUGCGCAGGUGCCGUGGUAGCGACAAAUGCUUUCUCUGCCAACCCAACCCGAUCCAAGGUCUCAGGUGCCGUUGGUGGCCUACUUCUCGGUGCUGCACAGCUCUUUUCUCUGCUUUCGCGAAAAUCCAUGAUGGGUAUCUCUGGGUGCUACGAGGAAGCUGGAAAUAUCUUCUGGUGGCUUGUGAAUGGGGCAGACAGCACCAAGAAGCCUGGGCAUGGCUCGAUCGUCUUCGGCACCGGGCUUGUCACAGGGGCAUUCGGCAUGGCAUAUUUGGCACCCAAGCUGGGUGGAACUUCUGCCUGGGAGCCAACGCCUCUCCUGGCAACUCUGGGGGGUGUUUUGAUGGCCGUUGGAUCGAGACUGGCUGGAGGCUGUACCUCCGGACACGGGAUUAGUGGCAUGUCACUACUGUCGACAUCGAGCUUGGUCACCAUGGGAAGUGCCCUUAUCGCGGGCUCAGCAGUAUCUUUGCUGAGACUUUGA